GCUCAAGUGAAUGAAUAAGAAAUUCAUGCGCUUGGGGACAGUUCUUGAGGAAUGCGUACGACAGAAAAAGCCAACUAGAGCAAUGAAAAACAGAAUCGGAAAAAUAAAAACUUUUGCUAUACUAUCAGUCGUCUAAUGUGACAUUGGGCUUGGCGCUGCAUGCCGCGUUGAUUAUGUAUUGUAUGCAGAAUCUCGCAUAAGCCGAGAAGUCUAUUCGAGUUAAAUAACUAAUAAUUGUUAGAUAAUUAUCUUUGUUAUCUCUAUACUAUCCACCUGGAUGUGAAAAUAUUCUGAACUAUAUAUAAAAAAAAGUUGUUUUUACCAAGCUCAAAUCAACAAUCUGAGCAUCAACAAUCGCUUUCUUCUUGCAGGACAGAUCGUAUUUUAUUGGAUAAUUUUAUGCGUCAUAUGUAAAUCAAGUUAGGAUAAUGAUAAAUGAAAGUAGUAAUGCUUCGAAUCUCUUUCCCACGAAUGGUGGUAAUUAUUUAACAGAUUUAAAAUUUCACAAAUUUCAAAAUAUAUAUGGUCAAAUUUCCACAAUAAAAAUUAACUGGCAGUUAUACCAGACAAAUAUUGAUAAUGCUAGCGACAAACAAAUCGAAAUACUUAUUAACCAAAAGCAUAAUUAUCCAAAAUUGCAAGAUGCCCUAAAAUUGAUGAAAGCUGGAGAUGAAAAUAAAUUGUUUCUGAAUAUAAUUAUUGAAGAUAACAAUGCUAAUAACUAUGCUCAUGUUCUUAUAGCACAUCGGAAAGUUGGGAAAUGCAGAGAUAUAUGUUUAUACCAGAUUAAACAAAGCAAAGCAUUUAACAUGGUGGGCGUAGUUGCAUGCACAGCAAUAACAAGUGUAGCAUAUUCUACAAGUCCGUGGUAUGCAGUUGCUGCUAUAUUGACAAAAUUAGCAUUAGAUUUUCAGAUUAGUCAGGCAGAUACUAGAAUUAUUCAUGUUCUUAAAACUUUGGAAGAAACCAAUAUUAUAAGAAUUACUUCAGAUGAAAUAAUAUUAAACGGAUACGAACCUGCUUCAGAUGACAAGACGCAAUCAGAUAAGUGUAUAACUAAAGCAACCGUAAAAAGCAACUGUAUAUCGUUUAAUAAUGCACAGCCUAUGCGACGUACACAGGCAAAGAACAAGGAACAGCAUCCGUGCGAGAAACUAGAAGAACAAUUGAAGAGUUUAGAGGAAAAACACCAGUAUGGUGCACCAUUGAAAAAAAAGAAACAGUUCUGCGAUUGUUCCUGCGUGGUUCAAUAG